AUGGCCGGCGGCGGAGCAUCCGGCCAGCGGCUGACCGGGGCUCCGCCCCCUCACGCCCAACCGCGCGCUCGUCCAAUCAGGGGGCGCCGCCGCGCCUUCCGGGGCGCAUGCGCGAGCGCGGCGGCGGCGGCGGCGGCGCGGAAGAUGGCGGCGGGCUGCUGCGGCUGCUGCGGCGAGCGGGGCAGCCGCACCCCGGAGGAGCUGACCAUUCUGGGUGAAAUUGAGGAGGAGGAGGAGGAGAUUCUUCCACGCAAGGACUAUGAGAGUUUGGACUACGACCGCUGCAUCAACGAGCCCUACUUGGAAGUCCUGGAAGGUCUUGACAACAAGAAAAGCCAGCGGUACGAAGCGGUGAAGUGGGUGAUGGUUUUCGCCAUCGGCGUGUGCACGGGGUUGGUGGGCCUCUUUGUGGAUUUCUUCGUGCGGCUCUUUUCCAGGCUCAAGUUCCACAUCGUGCAGAGCUCCGUGGAGGAGUGCAGCGAGAAGGGCUGCCUGGCAGUGUCCCUGCUGGAGCUGCUGGGCUUCAACCUAGUCUUCAUCUUCUUUGCCAGCCUGCUUGUCUUGAUCCAGCCUGUGGCCGCUGGCUCCGGGAUUCCGGAGAUCAAAUGCUACCUGAACGGGGUCAAGGUCCCGGGGAUCGUUCGGCUCCGGACCCUGGUGUGCAAGGCAGUGGGCGUGCUUUUCAGUGUUGCAGGAGGUCUCUUUGUCGGGAAGGAGGGACCCAUGAUCCACAGCGGGGCUGUUGUCGGUGCCGGCUUACCCCAGUUCCAGAGCAUCUCUUUAAAGAAGAUCAGAUUUAACUUUCCUUAUUUCCGAAGUGACAGGGACAAGCGGGACUUCGUUUCUGCAGGAGCCGCUGCAGGGGUGGCCGCAGCCUUUGGGGCCCCCAUCGGGGGGACCCUGUUCAGCCUGGAGGAGGGCUCCUCCUUCUGGAACCAGGGCCUGACGUGGAAAGUGCUCUUCUGUUCAAUGGCCGCCACCUUCACGCUGAAUUUCUUCCGCUCCGGAAUUCAGUUUGGAAGCUGGGGGUCUUUCCAGCUCCCGGGACUGCUCAACUUCGGAGAGUUCAAGUGCCCCGAAUCCGAUAAGAAGUGCCACCUGUGGACGGUUGUGGACCUGGGCUUCUUCAUCCUCAUGGGAGUCGUCGGCGGCCUUCUGGGGGCCACCUUCAACUGCACCAACAAGAGGCUGGCGAAGUAUCGCAUGCGGAACGUGCACCCCAAGCCCAAACUGGUCAGGAUCUUGGAGAGCUUGCUGGUGUGCCUCACCACCACGCUCGUGGUCUUCGUGGCCUCCAUGGUCCUCGGGGAGUGCCGGCCGCUGUCGUCCUCUAGCCACGGAGACAACAGUUCUCUGGACCUGCAGGGCUCUUCCUCCGACGAAGUGAAUUCGAGCAUCCAGACGUUCUUCUGUCCCAACAGCACGUACAACGACAUGGCCACGCUCUUCUUUAACCCGCAAGAGGCGGCCAUCCUGCAGCUCUUUCACCAGGAGGGUACCUUCAGCCCUGUCACGCUCUCCCUGUUUUUCCUUCUCUAUUUCUUGCUCUCCUGCUGGACAUACGGGAUUUCCGUGCCCAGUGGCCUCUUUGUCCCGUCGCUGCUUUGCGGGGCCGCCUUCGGGCGCCUGGUGGCCAACCUCCUCAAAAGCUACAUCGGCCUGGACCACAUCUACUCGGGCACCUUCGCGCUGAUCGGCGCCGCCGCUUUCCUCGGCGGCGUGGUCCGCAUGACGAUCAGCCUCACCGUGAUCCUGAUCGAGUCCACGAACGAGAUCACCUACGGGCUCCCCAUCAUGAUCACGCUCAUGGUGGCCAAGUGGACCGGAGACUUCUUCAACCAGGGGAUCUAUGACAUCUACGUGAACCUGCGGGGAGUGCCGCUCCUGGAAUGGGAGACCAAGGCGGAGAUGGACAAGCUGAGAGCCAGCGAUAUCAUGGAGCCCAACCUGAUGUACGUCUAUCCCCACACCCGGAUCCAGUCCCUGGUGAGCAUUCUGCGCACGACGGCGCAUCACGCCUUCCCGGUGGUGACCGAGAACCGGGCCUACGAGAAGGAGUUCAUGAAGUGGGACCAGCUGAUCAGCAACAACAUCAAGUUCAAGAAGUCCAGCAUCCUCACCCGAGCCGGCGAGCAGCGCAAGCGCAGCCAGUCCAUGAAGUCGUACCCCUCCAGCGAGCUGCGCAACGUGUGUGACGAGCACAUCGUGACAGAGGAGCCGCCGGAGACGGAGGACAUGCUGCAGCAGAUGCUGGAGCGGAGGUACACCCCCUACCCAAACCUUUACCCAGACCAGUCGCCCAGCGAAGAAUGGACCAUGGAGGAACGCUUCCGCCCCCUCACCUUUCACGGCCUGAUCCUGCGGUCGCAGUUGGUCAACUUGCUGGUGCGAGGCGUCUGCUACUCGGAGAACCAGUCGAGCGCCAACCAGCCGCGCCUCUCCUACGCCGAGAUGGCCGAAGAUUAUCCUCGCUACCCCGACAUCCAUGACUUGGACCUCACUCUACUGAACCCCAGGAUGAUAGUCGAUGUGACUCCCUACAUGAACCCGUCUCCUUUCACCGUCUCGCCCAACACCCACGUCUCCCAAGUCUUCAACCUCUUCCGGACGAUGGGGCUCCGGCAUUUGCCCGUCGUGAAUGCCGUUGGAGAGAUUGUCGGCAUCAUCACUCGGCACAACCUGACCCACGAGUUCCUGCAGGCCCGGCUGCGGCAGCACUACCAGACCCUCUGACCGCCCCGCCGCCUCUCCCCGCCUCAAGCCACCCCUUCCCAUCCCGCUUCGGCCCCGGGGCCAGCUCUGUGCACUUUACGACACCCACAGAACCCGGACCGGCAGCGUCCUCGCGGGGGCCCCUGCAGCCCUCUUGUGCGGCCGGCGGAGGAGGAGUGGCGCCCUCCACGCUCGCUGGCCCGCCACCGGCUUCCACGGUCACGGUUUGAUCCUCUCCCCGCAGGCUCCGGAUUACCGUCUCCACAUUCGCUGCCCUCCUCCGCCGGCACAUUCGUGAGGAAUCAUGCCUCUGGCGUAUUCCAGAAGGCGGGGCGCUGCCUCGCUCUUCUUCCUCCUUCCCACAUCUCUUGCCUUAGCAGAAACCAGUCUCAGGGGCUGGGAAACCCGAAGCGCCAUUUCCCCUCAUUCCGAUCUUGGCGGGGCAUCCCUGCCGUUUGCAUUUCCUGUGGCCGCUCAGGCCGAGAACGAAGUGCCCCGUUUUCAUUCCAUGGGAACUUGAGGAAAAUCCCUUUACUUUGCAGGUCCACUUUUUUCCCUCCCACAUUCCAUAACGGAACACUUUUGUAUAAGGGGUUGGGAAGGCCGGAAUCCUGGCUGGCGACAGUUCUCUGCAGGAGAGAAUUUCCAGUCCCCCGCGACCUUCCUUGGUUGUCAAGGGCAAAACGACGAGUUGCAUGUGAAGAAACAUGAACAAUCACUGAAAAAUUGUGGGUGCGUGUGUGUGUGAGAGAGAGAGAGAGAAAGGGAGGUGCCGCAAGAAAACUUAGUUUUCGUCAGCAUAGGAUGAAUAGCUUUCGAGAAAGCUGCCUCGUGUGGAAUUGGGGGUAGUUCUCAUCUGCAUUGGUGUACAGCUAUGUUGAAUCAAGCCGCUCUGGGGUUCUGAAGGACUCCCAGAGGCGGGUGGGAAUCUGGUGAUGGUCAGGCGUGUUGCGAAAAGCUUGAUGUUGCUCUGGGGGUUCGGCCUUGGGGACACAUCGCUCGUCCGGAGGUUCCCCGAUUCGGUGCCUGUCCAGGCCAGCCCGGCGCUUGCGGCUGGCCGGUGAUCGAUCCGUGCGAUGCCUUCGGGUCGCGUGCAGAGGAGAUGCCGAUGGCUUUGUUGUGCGUGGGCACGUCCAGCUGCCCCCAAGCAGCCGCGAGGCCUGGCCGGGACCCAGAGCGGACCCCCGACCUUCCAGUGCCUUCGCAGCAGGUCGGGUCGCCUCUCUCCAAAUCCCCCCACGGUGCGCCUGCUUCCUCUUGUGCCCCUUUCUGGCAUUUUCGGUUGGCUCUGGCCGUCCCCUCGCUCGACAGGACAGAGCGUUGUGUCCAGCUGAUCCUGGGGGGUCCCGGGGAGAAGCUCCCGCCAGCCCUUUCCCUCCGUGCGUGUGCCAUGCUUCGGUGGGAAGGAGGGAAGGGGCUGCCGUCGGCGCGGCCUUGUUCCUUCCUGUGCGCGUGUCCCUGUCCUUGUGUAACCCCUCUGAGUCCCUCUGCCUUGAAAGGGCACGUGUGGCUGCUCCACCGCCCCCCCGCCCCCCCGUGCCCAAGCCCUGACCUCCAGUUUUCAUCGAAAGCCGUUAACUAACCAGUCUUGCCAGAGGGGAAAACUGCUUUGCGGUUGCAGCGGUCACCCAGGCAGGACCGGACUUGUCCUGGGCCGGGAGGAGGGGGCGGGUCGCAGAGCCUUCUGCAGCUGGAAGAGUUCCCGUAACACCCCCCAGCGCGCCCCCCCCAGGCCCAAGCCGGCCGCGGCUGGUCGAGUGUUUUCAGCAAGACCCAUCCCGGCAGAGAUCCAGCGGGCUCCUGCCGCCGUGGGUUUUGGCCUCCGCAGGAAGCUCGGCCGGGGGACGCCGGGGACGCGCCUCGGCAGGGCAGGAGUGCAACACCGAUGGGCGUGAUAAAGCACAGCCCGGCUCUCGCACCCCGUCCGCCGGAGAGCGCAUUCCAGGAAAGUCUCCCUGCACCCGCGUCGGCCCGCCUUAGACCCGGGGUGGGUGAGGAGCUGAGUCCCCCCAUGUAAGCCCCCUGCCCACCCGCCUGCCUGCCCCGGUUUUUCCUCCUCUCAGUCACCCCAUGAAGCCGCGUGACCCUUCAGCGCUGGCUCUUGCACAGCCCAGCCACAAUUCAGACGUUUGCGUCUGCCUCUCUUCGUAGUCCUGAAGUUCCCAAAUGAGCAGCCCCUGGAUCUCUCUCACAGCCCGCCCAGUGUGAGCACCAGAAUCCCCUCGGGGCACAGCUGUGGCAGCUUGGUCCCGAUAUUCCAGGUGAGGCCACAUCGUCCUUCCCAGCCGGAAAUCCAAGGCCACAUGGAGGAAGAGAUGCAGCCUUUAAUAUCCUGGUUGCCGACUUUUCCCCAUGGAAUUUUUCUCUCUGGAUUCAUUGGCAGGACCUCUCAUUUCAUUUGUCUGUCUUGCCUCCUUGUCUCGGGUGUUUUGGGGUGCCAUUCUUGUCACCCCUGAUGUCUAGACAUGCUGGCCGGGGAUGAAGGGAGUUGUAAUCCCACACAUCCAAGGAGGACCUGGUGCCGCCGCUGCCGAAAUAGCUGGCACGCAAAAUAAGGGAUUUGAAAGCAUCCAGGCCUCGUGGCUUGUGCUCCAUCGAGAGAUGCUCCCUUUGUCCCUCUUCCUGUGUGGAUACGGGGAAUGUGGCAAGCAUGUGCAAAUGCCAUGCAAGCAGGCUAGUCCUCAUGACUGUUGCUAGGCUGUGCCCUGCCAUGAUUGGCUCUCUCUCGCUCUCUCUCUUGCGGAGCCUGUUGGAUAUUGAAAAAUCAGAGUUGCAAGCGUCCUCUGCCCCCCAGGCUACCCAGGGGAAGGGAGGGGAAACAGCCCCACUGCAAGCCGUGCCAGACUGGGUUGGAAGCCGAGGAGGCUGCAGGUUUCCCAGGGUCGCGUCUGCGGCAUGGAUUUCUGCAGAGCCGAUGGAGCUCACUAUAGGAAAAAGGGGGGAGACCGCUCCCCAUGGGUUUGCACCCCGUACCCGCAGGGGUCAGGCAGAACAUCGCUCCAGAGGGUUGCGUGCGUCGCUCUGGGCAGAGCCUCGUCUUGUGGCAUCGUGUGUUCGGGGGGGGGGGGGGGGGCGGCAGGGGGCGCCGCGCCGCUGGUUUCGACGUGAGCCAGGAAUGUGUUUGCAAAGUCUUCACUGCCUCGGAUGGGGGGGGGGCAGGGGGGCGGGUAAGUUUCCUUUUCUGUUUUUAAAGAAAGUCGGUCUCUCCCUCUCUUUCCUCCCUCCCUCCACGACGCAGCCGCUGCUUUGCUUUCUCUACCCUUCUGCGGCCACUGUGAAAAAAGGAAGACGGGAGAAUGGGGAGGGACCGGCUGACGGCCUGGAACCCCCUCGCGGCCCGGCUGGUUCUGGCUGUGGCAGGACCGCCGCGGCCUCGCUCGGCCGUGGCCGCUGCCCCCGUCCAGCAUGCUCGGGCCAGAGCUGUCCGUCCUCCCCCCCGCCUCGAUCGGCCUCCGGGGCGCUUCCUCGCCCCCGCCACCCGUGGGCUCCGCUACCUGUGGAAAAGCCGCGGGCCCCGGGGCCCGUUCCUCGGAUCAGGGAUCAGGCGCGGCCUUCGCCCCCAGGCGGGGCACAGACUAGUGUGCUCUCAGCUGGGCAAGAGGCGGGACGGGGGGAGCGCGUGGAGGUUUCCUCCCCCGGCAGAAGAGGUGGGCAGCCCAGCGGGGACUGGGGAAAUGCAGGGCAUUUUAGAAUAGGGGGUCUCCCGGCCAAGCCCCGAAAGCCUUUUCUUCUGGGCUGUCACAGCUCUGCCCACCCGGCUGCAGGGCGGGCUGGGCUGGGCUGGGCUGGGCUGGGGAACCAAAGCCCUCUCUCGUGUUGCUGGGCUCCGUGCCAGCCAGGCUGAUGGGAACUGUGGUCCAGCAGCAGCAGGAGCGGAUGGCGUCCCACCCACAGUUCCCGCAGCUGAUGGGGGCUGUGGACCAGCUUCUGGUCCCUGCCGCAGAGCCGGGGUGGCCAGGAGGCAGUUGUCCACACCGUUUGGCCUUCGGCUCCCAGCCUGGCUCCCUGCCACCCGUGUGUGUGUGAGUGUGAGAGUGAGCGAGCGAGCGAGCAUGAGAAUACCGCACGGCUUCAGCUUGCCGAGCGUAAAACAGGUUUCCUGGGACUGCAGUGACACCGUGCUCUCGCGCUGCAAGCAGGAAGCGUCUCGUUUCCCUCUCUCUCAAAGGCCAAGAGCUGUUCUCGCUCGGGUGCCACUUGGAUCAGCCUUUUGCCGUUCCUCCUCGCCUUGAAGCGCCUCCUUUGCUCGGGCCCCACGGCUCAUCCCGGCCUGCCCCGGCGAGCAAAAGGCCACCCAGAGCCCCCGAUGCUGCCCCGAGCAUCUCUCCCCGCCCUUGGGGACACGGGCGCCUCGCCUCCCCGUGGGCAGACGGCUCUGCCUUCUCAUCAGUAUUAAUUCCAACCCGGGGGAACGCAGGAGGCUCUUUGCGUCCUGCCAGCCCUCCGCUCUCUCAGUAUGAAUGUGUGACGCUGCCCUACAGCACAGGGACGGCGCUUCUGUGGCUUUCCAAAUGGUGUUGUGCGGCAGCUCCCACUCUCCGAGCCUCGGUCACACUGACAGGACAAUGGGACCUGUAGUCCACCAUCGGCAGUUCUCCCAGCUGUGACCCUAACCCCCCCUCCACAAGACGGAUCAUUCCAGGGGUAACCACUCCAACUUUUCUGAAUUUCCGGCACUGUCCGAAACCCUCUCCGGCAGAAGAACGUCUGCUGCUCCCCGGUGGGCGGCUGGCUUAGGAAAGCCGGGCGGCGCACCCUUCCUCCUGCCUAGAGAGGCGUGGAGUCGCGCCUUAAUCUCUUCUUUUUGUCUGGACUUCAGUUUGCACUUUUCGUUGUUGCCAGAUCAUGGGAACUAAUUCUGCAGUGUAUAUAAUUUUAUUUUUUAAAAAAUCCA